AUGUCCAUCCCUCACUCAGAACUCUCCGUCACCUUCAAGGUCAAGCCCACCAUCGAAACUUCGUGGCUCAUGAAGUCAAUUCGAAUUAAACUCGCACAUCCAAUACAAGGAUCUGUGGGAUCUCUAUAUGCCCUACAUAUAUUUCGUUCGAGGUGCUCUAAUCGCUUCUUAGAGGCCAUGGAUAUGGAAAGCGAGGAAAUGUACGCUUUUGGAACGACUCUGUUCGAUAAAUUCGGUCGUAUCAAGCCGCAUAUAGUCAGCAAAGGCUAUCGUAGCGGCACAGGAUGCUGGGGAGAGGAGCUAAGCGAAGGGCAGAUCAUUUAUAUCACACACAUCGAUGUUUCCGAGAAGUACCAGCGGCAGGGUGUAGGAUCGUUGCUGCUCGACAAACUUUUCAAUUCUGAGCACGUUCAAGAUAAGGAUUUCGUGAUGUGCUGGCCGUUUCCGAUCAGUAGGGAGAAAUCCGAUGACUCUGGCCUACGCGUCGGAAAGACUAAAUUCUUUGGAUACUCCCCUCUUCCCCACCAUCCAUCUCGCCUUGUUCAUCCUGAGACCGAUGCCAAUUACAUUGGUGACAAUUUCUGUGCGCCUUCUCCGACAGAAGAAGAGCUCAAGAUCCACGGACCGGAUUUCUUUCGGAAUCAGCGCGAAGAAAACUCCCCCCUGCAUUAUUCUAUCGUAGGGGACAUGACUGCAGCUAUAGCAGAUACGAUUCAACUAUUCUUCGACAAAGAUCCUCUUUCAAUCUCUCGUCCUGAUCCUGAUGGACUGCGUCCUAUCUUCAUCGCAGCCGCCUCUGAAAAUAUUCACGCCGUCCGAAAACUUCUCGAGCUCGGUGUCCGUCAUGAUCUCUUUGACUUCGAGAACGGCGACGGUCUUACACCGUUAGAGAUGCUUCAAGGCAGUAUGAGGUCUCUGCGGGAGUUCUCCGAGACGCUGCUGCCCUGCUGGAGCGGUUAUCCAGACUCGAGUCUUCGGAUCGAAUACCUUCUGAAAAGCGCUAUGGGCAUCUCUGUGGAUGGGCUCUCGGAUCAUGAAUACAUUUCUCGUAACAAGUACGGAUGCACAUGUGGACAUUGUGGUGCUGGAUGGCUAUCUCCUCGCAUGAGAUUUCAGCUAAGCUGUCAGGCAGGAUAUUUCAGGGACAUAAUGCCUGACUCUCUGGAGUAUUUCACGCCUCGUCAAGCUAUUGAUAUUCACACCCUUUUGCUCGUCGUCGCCAGUGAUUAUCUUCCUCAGCAGCUUCACUCCUCACUCUAUAAGACGUUCUACGCUGGUUAUAUCUCUAUCUUUGGUGCUCUCUAUAAUCUUCUUGAAAAUUCGAGCGCCUCAUUCUCUCUUGACAUUGUCAAUCAAGUCGCUCGGAACGACUUUUCUGCGGAUUUUUACUUUCAACGGGGUGGCAAAGUAGAAUACGCUCUCGACGCGAUAACAGACAGUGCACUGAAUCAAUCUUUGUUGGGCGAUGGUGAAUUCCAUGCAGUGUUCGAUGAUGACAAGGACUACAGGGCAUUGCCCAAGUGUGCUAAUGACCUGGAGUUUCAGUUAGUUCGCGAUAUGUUGGGGCUGACUGCUGAUAGGCCAUGGGGACCGUACAGCAGCCAUCGAAACCGCGACCCUUCGGAAAUGUAUGUGGACUCAGAAGAUUCGGAGGAGGACGAGGACGAUUCGGAAGACGAGGAAGGCAUGCUGUUCUGA